CAAUGACAUAAGCCCCAAGCAAACGCAGCCCCAAGUUCAACAACUUGGCAGGAAAAGCGACAAACGUUUUAGGGAAAAUCUCUGGCGAAAGAGAAAGAAAAGCGCCGAAGUGCCAAGGCAGCCACUUAGGAAAAGUCAUCAUCCAGCGACGUAUCGGUUGAAAUCAAACAGCCCGACAAGUGAGUGGCCAUAGUAGUCAGGAGCGGAGUCGAGUGGCUCGGAUGCGAGUGGAGUGCAGGGGAGGCCAGUGGAUGGCCUUUGGAGUGGGCCCAAACAGGCUUGACGACUCCUCCAUUUGUCGCUUGGAAUUUGUCGUGGUCGCCGGGGUUAUUCACACCACCACUCGCACACCGAAGCCCAGCUGAAGCUAACUCUUUCUGCUUUUGGCCAUUUCCGUAAUAGCUCCAUGUGGCCCCACCGCCACCAACGACAUCUGCUAACGGCGGCGGCCUCGCUCUGCUGUCUGUUGGCCAUCAUCGUCCAGCCGGCCCUCUCGGAUGAGCCACCCCCGCCAGCACCCGCAUCCCCCGCCCCCGAUCUCCCCCAGAACUCCACGGAGGAGGCCACGCCAACUGAAGCCCUGAGUGACAGCAGCGAAAAGGAGCUUAAUAAGCAGGCAGCCGGGCCACUCAUCCGCGAGGUCAUCGAAGGUCCCAGCUUGGACGGCGAACUGCAGGAGGACGCGGCUCUGGAAAGGGAAAUCGAAGACAAGGGCUUGGAAAAGGAACCGGAGUUUGUCGGUGUUCCAGGCUUUCUGCCCACUGUGCUGCCUGCCAGGGCCUCCGACAGUCCCACCAACGGACAUGGCUACAUCCAAUUUGAGAUCAACGAUGAGCUGCCCGUGGAGGUGGCUCGUCGCCAAAGGCCGAUUGAGCAGACCGUAACUCGCUCGCGAACGGAGACUGUCAACGAGGUGCUGUCCAAUCUGUUCCCCAAGGGAUUCUCGGACAUUUUCCGCUUGAGCGGAAACACAGAGCCAUCCACCAGCGCACCCACUACCACCACAACCAACAAGGCGGUGGCUCGGCCCACGGUGGUGGAUGUGGUCAGCACCACCGAGACGGUCACCACUGAAAGGCCAACGGAAGCCCCAGCCCCGAACGCCACCUACUACAGCUAUCAAACGACCGUCACGAAGGAGUACCGCCGGGAACUGGGGCCAGGCCACACGGAGAUCGUGGUGGAGCAGAUCCGGGAUCCUCAGUUCCGGGACGGCAGCAACCACAUUUCGCGGGAUGAGCUGCUGCGGAUCAAUCGCGCUGCUGUGGCGGCUCCGGUGCUGCCAAGCUUGCUGCUUCAGCCGGAGGGCGACGACAACGAGACCCUGGUGGCUGCAGAGAGUGCCCCCAUUGUGAUCCUGGGCGAGCACGAGGCUGAGCUGGAGGAGGGUCAGGAGAUCAAUGACAACCAGAUCGCGGAGACCCGCCACGUGGGCAGGGAGGCCUACCAGCAGCGACUUCCGGCUCCAGCCCUCAAUGGCAUCGAGAGCUAUGCCAACCAGAAGGGCCCUGCACAGGAUCAGGAGAUCAAUGUUCACAUCGUGCACGAUGAGUCCUUGGGAAAACCACAGAUGGGAAAGGGAAAGGCGGCCAAGGAGCAGACCCAGGUGCAGCCGGCGCAGCACGCCUUGGAUCACUUUCAGGCGCACAGUGAGCAGAGGUUCCAGCAGCAUCAUCAAAGUCACGAGGCCCCUUCGCGCCAGUUCCUCAAGAGCUUCAAUCCCAUUGUCUCGGGCAGUGGCGAUGGACCGCUUCCGAAGGGUAGUUUCCACUACGAGGUGCAGAGUCCUCCGCAGCUGCCGAGCCCGCGACAGCCGAAGGAGGAAGACUACGCCGGACAGUUCGUGAGACCUGCUGCCCAGUUGGCCUACCAACAGGAGAUCAGCCAGGUGAAUCCACAGGUGCAGCAUCAGCCGGAAUCGCUGCACACCAAGGCCAUUUCCUCGCCCUCGCCCUCGCCGGAGGUGCAGCAAUACUCCGGCUACGGAGGUCCCACUCCAAACAGCCUGGUGUUUGUCACCUUGAAUACCCCAAGUCCUCCUCAAUCCUCACCUGCGCCUGCCCCUGCCGCGGCUCAUGCGCCCCUGGAGCCAGGUGUCCAGAUCACCGUCAAUCAUCCAGCGCCACACAACUACGUGGCCGAGGCAGCCGCAGAGCCCUCCCAGCACAACGUCCAGCAUGCUCCGGCUCCAGCUCCCAAGAAAUCCAGUCCGUACACCUUCGUGGAGGUGCAGAAGUCCGUCAACAUCCACAACAAGCUGAUCACAGAGAAGGAUGGACGAUUGGUGGAGCAGCACGAAACGAUUUAUCACCAGCCCUAUCUGCAUAACCAGUUGCCGCAGGCUGCUCCAGCUGACCCUCAGAAGAACUAUGCAUCCCUGGCUAAGAAUCCCAUCCACGUGGAGUACGACAGUUCGCCCCAAGAGGUGGCCAUCUCACACGCAGCCAUCCAUUUGGACACUGAUCAUUCUGGCCACUCUGCUUCGGGUCCUAUUCAACAAACUGUUCACCCGGGUCCUGUUUACACGACUGCUCAUCAGGAGCAUCCGGUGCAACACCAUGAGAAUCAAGUCCAUCAGAUCCAUCAGGAUCACCAGAUCCUUCAUGAGGGAGAUAAUGCACCUCAGUUUCAUCACGAUCAUCAGGUGCUUCACGAGGGGGAUCAUGCACCUCAGUUUCAUCAAGGUCAUCACGAGGGGGAUCAUGCACCUCAGUUUCAUCAAGAUCAUCACGAGGGGGAUCAUGCACCUCAGUUUCAUCACGAUCAUCUGGAGCACCAUGACCACCCCUCUCUACAACCUUAUCACGUGGAGAAGGUUGUGGACCACGACCAUCAUGGGAAGCAAGUGGUGGAGAAGCACAUACCCGUUCCCUACGCCGUGCCGCAACCCGUACCUGUUCCCGUUCACGUAGAGCACUACGUGGAUCGGCCCUAUCCUGUGGAAACCAUUGUCGAGCACCCCGUUCCUUAUCCCGUGGAAAGGGUGGUGGAGAAAAUCGUGGAGAAGCACGUGCCCGUGGAGGUGGAGCGAAUUGUGGAGAAGCCCGUGCAUGUGGAGAAGAUUGUGGAGAAGUUCGUGGACCGUCCGAUGGCAAUUCCGAUUCACGUCCCCGUUGCAAUUCACAUGCCCAUGCCACCAGGCCACUCCUCGCUGGCGUUUUCCCACCAUGGCCAUCCCAACUCCCUAACUCCCUGGUCCCAUUCGGUGGCCCACAUUCCGCCGAAGGUGCUGCAGAACUACUACACCAGAAUGCUGAAGAAGUUGCUGCCCCAGUUCGCGGCCAAGGCCCCUGCCCCUCAGUCCCCGUCCCCCAAGGCGGUCAAGUUGAGCAAACCGGUGGCAGCACUCAAGCAACCGGUGAAGCCCGUGAGGGGCGAGGCGCCCAAGGUCGCCACCUUCAGCUUGGCGGACAUGAAGUUCGACCUCCGACCUCCGCCGCCGCCGCAGGGUUCGCCCUGGCUACAGGGAGCCCGCUAUAUUUACAACACCCUGCCCGUCGACUUGGCCACCGCCGCUGCCUCGGCGCCCGCCCAAAUGGUCAAGUCAUACAUUGGCCCGGUUCCAGCCACGACAUCUGGCCACUCUGGCGACGGGGACGCUCCUCUGACCAGCGAGUUCGAUGAGUUCCAGCGAUGGCGCAACGGGCACUCCCUGAAACGCAGUCCCGAUUUCGGACGCAACCUGCAGCUGGAGUACGGAUUCAAGCCCCCUUUGGUGCCAUCCAUGGAAAUCGACGACAAGGGCAAUCCCCUCAAGCAGGCCGAGCAAUCGGAGACGCAGUGACGAAGGUAAUGAUGCGAGGAGAGCGGAGGAUAAAGCGUGCCAAAAUAUAAAGCUAUAGUAAUUAUUGUAUAUUUAUGUAACAUAUUUAAAAUA